CAAUUUAGUGAGGAUUCUGGCAUUAUCACUUGGAUUGAGUCAUUCAUGAAAAUACAAAGCUGGGGGGUCCUACUCUAAUGCGUGUGGAUCAUAUCUCUAAUCUUUGCAAUAUUGAAGCCGGCCUCCUGCUUAUAUAUUGCAGCCUUGGAGUGACCUUUUUUUUCUCAGGAGGAUUAAGGAUUUUAGAGAUGGGUAAGGGUUUCAAGCUCCGAUUCUCUCUGAUUCAUUCCCUCCAAUUCUGCCGUUCCAGAAACCGUUCUGCUCUACCGGAAAGUCCUGUGCCGGCGUCUCAUAGGCUCUCGACGGUCAACCGUAAGGGGUUGGACAUUGCUUUUCCAAGCGUCCCCGAUCCUCCACCCUCCACACCGUGGCACCCUUUUCGCAGACGUCGUGUGAAGACUGUACCAAUGGGAUGCGGUUGCCGGCGAGGAUCGGGUGUAAGGUCUGAAACCUCCUACGACUGCGACACCGAAUCGGUGGAAUACUCGUGGAAGAAGGAUGGAAAGUGGCACGUAAUCUCCAGAGUCUACGAGGACGGCCCUCGCCGGAAAAUUUGCUACUCCCCUUUUCCUGGCGAAUCCGAUGGCGACUUGUCGCCGAAUCAACCGCAGAAGAUGGCCAAGGAGAAGAAAGUGAGAAAGAAAAAGAAGAAAGGGACGGUCCCGAGUGUCCGCACAAGCACGUCUUCGGGAGAUAGUGGCUGGUUCAGCAGCGAAGGUGGUGACUAUGACGAGGAGACCGAAACCCUACUCUCCUCUUCCAGAAGCUUCUCGAACGACUCUUCUUUCGAAUUCAAUCAUCCACUAGAGACCAUAAGCGAAGAAUCAAAGAGCGUCGUAGGCAAGCGCGAUAGGAUGAACAAUUCAAAGAAGGCUCGACGACUGAAACGCCACAUUUCGAAGAACUGCAGAACAGGAUCAUCAUCCUCAUCAUCAUCAGGCAGCGGAAAUCCAAAAACGACAUCGUCGCCAGAAGCUGAGUCGCCAGCGAGAGUGUCGGUGUACCAAGGCAGGAUACCGUGUAGAUUAGAUGGGAAGGUGAGAGAGAGCUUCGCGGUGGUGAAGAAAUCCAAGGAUCCGUACGAAGACUUCAAGAAGUCGAUGGUGGAGAUGAUAAUGGAGAAACAGAUGUUCGAAACAAAGGAUUUGGAGCAGCUGCUGCAAUGUUUUCUAUCCCUGAAUUCGCCGCAGCAUCACGGAAUCAUCGUGGAGGCCUUCUCCGUGGUUUGGGAGGGUUUGUUCUGUAAAUCACCACCAAUGGCUCGACGUGUUUCGAGGUGUCUCUGAAGAAGAGGAUCACCAAUUCGAUUUUAUUAUGUCAUACUCAAUAAUAUAUGAGAGCAGCAACUUCAAACCAUUCUAAUCUUCCACUUUCAACACCUUCUAUUCGAUGAAA